GUGGACCUCGUCAUCAACCUGCCCAAUCAGAACACAAAGUACAUCAAGGACAAUUACCUUAUAAGGAGAGCGUCUAUCGACACCGGUGUCCCGCUCAUCACAAACUUAGAGGUAUGACGUCAUUCUUCUUUUCAGGUAGCAACUGUCCAAUGGCCAGAUCUGGACAUCAAAGAAUCACCUUAUUCAGAAUAAUAAACAGCACCACUGGAGAGUACUGCUUAAUAGCUUUCAUUUGAAUGGUCAAACCAUAGGAUUUCAUCCACAGACUUAAAAGUUAGAACCACCUUGUACAGCAUAAUAAACAGCACCACAGGAAAGCAACGAGCUAACUGCUCUCGAGCGUCCGCAACUUUUCCUUCCACGUUUAAUAUUUGGUUUCUUUUGUCGCGUUUAAUCUUCAUUUCCUGUCACUUGUCUGUUUAGGUUGUAAAGAUGUUUGCUGAAUCUCUCUCUGGUGCUGGCAAAAUAGAAGCGACAUCUUUAUUUCAUUACCAGAAGUCUUCCAAAAGAAAAGCCACUCCUUGA